AAAUACACAACUUUUUUUAUGCCCUAUGUAUUUGUUUAACUGCGACUAUUGUAACGUUACUGGAUUAAGAAAGAAUAAAGAAAAAAUAGUAAUGUUGUUUGAAAGUGUUUUGCUUUGCUUUGCAUCACUGUAAUCAACGGUUUCCGCACAGUAACAAGGACGGCGACUUGCAAAUAACAAACAGGUCAAAAACGCCCUGUUGUGAAGCAAUGCUUCAAAUGUGAAACUGAAAGCAAUCUUAAAGUGAUCGACGCGACUUCACUCAGAAAAGAGAGACGAGCAGCUUGGAAAAUGGCGAGCAGAGACCUGACGGAUGAGCUGCAGUGUCCAAUCUGCCUGGACCUGUUCACAGACCCGGUUACAUUAGACUGUGAUCACACUCUAUGCAGGCCCUGUAUUGAGGAUUACUUGUUGAACCAGGGAAAGAUGUGUCCGGAGUGCAGAGCACCGAUUACUGGGGGGGAUUUCAAGACUAGCCGGGUGCUAAAGAAUUUAGCAGACAAGGCCAGGCAGCUGAAACAAGCCGAGAAGAAACCCGAAGCUGGUCAGGCUGAAGCAACCUGCACUCUGCAUGAUGAAAAACUGAAGCUGUUUUGUGAAACGGAUGACAUGCUGAUCUGCGUUAUCUGUCGAGAUGCCUCAGAGCACCAGGGUCACACCUUCAAGCCUCUUGCUGAAGCCCUGCAGAGUCGUCAGGAGGAGUUAAAUGUCGCUCUGCAGUUCCUGAUGCGUGAUAACAAAGCUGUGCGACAACUGGAAAACAAUCAGAACAGGGAAAUUGCCAAAACAAAAGACAGGUCUGGCUGCCUGCUGGCAGAUAUCACAGCCCAGUUUGCUGAGCUGCACGAGUUUCUGCACCGGCGAGAGAAGGAGGUGAAGAGAGAUCUGAAAACAGCCGAGCGGAGGGCUCUGGAACCCAUGGAGAGGAACCUGCAGAAGAUCCAGAGAGAGCUGGGAGACGGGACUGAGCAGGCCAGGAAACUGCAGGACUCGCACAGCAUCACACAGCCCGUCGCUUACCUCAAGUGGUGGAGUGAGACUGGCGCCCCCCUUGUGAGGGAAUUAAAAAACAAGCCCCCCAGGAAUGCAGCAGCUGAACUAGAGGAGCAAGAGAAGCAGACAGCUUGGUUUCAAUCCAAAGUGAAAGCCCUGAGCGUGGUCCCUGACUCCCUGUGGCUUGGUCCCUACGAGACACACUUGCAGUUUUUCAUUUGGAAGCAGAUGUUGACAGUGAUCAAAACAGUUCCAGAUCGAUUGUCUUUGGAGACACAGAGCUCGGCGCUCAGACUUUCCAAGGAUAGGUCAAGUGUGCGGCAGGUCGACAGGCAGAAUCAACAGGAAUCGCGUGAAGAGGGAUACAACAGCUACAUGUGUGCAAUCAGUAAAGAGCAACUCACAUCAGGGAGACACUACUGGGAGGUGGAGGUGGGGGCUAAGACUGACUGGGCUGUGGGGGUUAAGCAGGAAAGAAAGCCAGAUACACAUCUUUUUGGGAGAUUAGAAUUUUUUUUUAACAGGGUCAGAGGUAUUAUUCUGCAUUUUAAUGGCAACACAAAUUACAGAAUUGAAGCGUCUUCAGAUAGCACGAUCUCAGUGCAUUCCCACCCCAGUAAGAUCGGGGUGUACCUGGAUCGUAAGAGGGGAGAGGUGGCGUUUUACAAUGCUGAUGACAUGUCCCUCAUCCACACAGUCACUGAGAAACUCACUGAACCUGUUUUUGCUUACUUGAACCCUGGGCCCUAUUUGAAAGGUAACAAUGCAGAGGCCUUAAAAAUCUGCCGUUACUGAUUAAACAGGAGUCCACAGUUUAACUUAACCGAUUUUACUGAGAAAAUAAGACUAGCAAUAGAUUUCAUAAAAAUUAAUAAACAAUUGUGUUGCGUGAAUGACAGUAGCAGUAAUAACCCAAUGUUAUCACCAAGUCAGUUCCUAUAUAAUCAAAGCCAAUUAUGGUUUUUAAAAAUUAUUAUUCAGAACAAUUUCUGAUGUAGGAUAGUACUAUGUUAUUGUAAAAACUGAUAUUUAUUCCAAUAUAUUGCAAUGUAAUCUAAAUACGUAUUAUCUAGAAUUCUAUUUACUUCUCUGCUAACCCCCCCCCCCCC